UACCAAUUAUGCUCACUGUUAGCAGUGCAGUUAAGCUCUUCUACAAAUUUGGCACUCAUUCUCUUAAGGUUAGAGGUUUAGAGAAGUUGACAAAAGCCUUAUCAAGCAGUAGAGGUGUUUUAACAAUAACAAAUCACAGAGCAGUUGGAGAAGACCCACUUUGGCCAGCUAUCUUACCGCUCAAGACACUCUUACAGCCGAAAUACAGACGGUGGACGCUAGGCGCAUCUGAUGUCAUAUUCACGAACGCAAUCUUUCGGAAAUUCUUCCAAGCUGGCCAGGUGUUAGAGACAUAUAGAGGGAAUGGUGUCGAUCAGCCAGCAGUCUAUCAAGCAGCUCAGUUACUAGACGAAGCUAAAUGGGUGAGUAUGUUCCCUGAAGGCAGAAUAAACGUUCCACCACCAAAUUUCAAUCCACAUACCACACCAUCACCGCUUCGUCCAUUCAGGUGGGGUGUCGGUCGUAUGCUCACUCUUACAGAGCAAACGCCAACUAUCUUGCCUAUACACCUCACUGGUUUCAACGAUGUAUUCAAAGACGGCAGGAAAUACACAGCUCUGCCGUCAACGAAUGCACGAAUAACUGUAGAUAUAGGGGAUCCCAUUAAUUGGACGGUCGAGCCACUUCUUGAAAAACUAAAGAAUGACCAAACAGAUGAAAUUGAGACACGUAAAGAAAUAACUGAGAUACUCCGGAAGCAUCUAGAUGAUUUUGGUAAAACUUGUGAUAUAAGAAACUACGAGGAAUAUAAAUAAAUAAAUAAAUAGAUU